AUGAAUAAAUUUAAUAUUACAUCAUUAUUUAUUAUUUUAUCAUUUAUUGGAAUAGUAAUAAGUCAACAAUCACCACAAACAUAUAAUGUUGUAUUUUCAACAAGUAAAGGUGAUGUUGAGAUUUUUGUAAAUAGAUCCUAUUCACCAUAUGGUAGUGAUAGAUUUUAUGCAUUAGUUCAAGAUGGUUUCUAUACUGAUAAUGCAUUCUUUAGAGUUAUUCAAACUCCAUUAUUUGUUGCUCAAUUUGGUAUUUCACCAGAUUCAUCAUUAAAUGAUAAAUGGAAUAUUACAAUACCAAAUGAUCCAGUAGUUAUUUCAAAUACAGCAGGUACAAUUACAUUUGCAGCAGAAGAAGAAAAUAAUCAAGCAUGUUGUAGAACUACUCAAUUAUUUAUAAAUUAUGCAGAUAAUUCUUUCCUUGAUUCUGCAGGUUUCAGUCCAUUUGGUAAAGUGAUUUCAGGAUUCAAUAAUACUUUAAACUUUUAUGGUGGUUAUGGUGAAGAACCUGAUCAAUCUUUAAUAUAUUCAGAAGGAAAUUCUUAUUUACAACAAAAUUUCCCAUUACUUUCUUAUUUAAAUUCCGUUAAAAUCAUUUCUGAGAAAUGGUAA